CGUGCACUCAUUAUAUAUUCACACGCUUAGCACAUUGGUGUGGAAAUAUGGGAGACUCUAGGUCUUUUCAUGGCCUUUUUAAUUCGUUCGGGGGUAUGAGGAAUAUGCAAUCCUUCGGACCCGUGGCCGACACAUCCGAACAAGUCUAUAUAUCAUCGUUGGCACUUCUUAAAAUGCUUAAACAUGGAAGGGCUGGAGUUCCUAUGGAAGUUAUGGGCCUGAUGCUAGGAGACUUUGUCGAUGAUUACACAAUCAGAGUUGUAGAUGUGUUUUCUAUGCCACAAUCUGGAAAUAGCGUUAGCGUUGAGGCUGUUGAUCCAGUCUAUCAAACUGAGAUGAAAGAUCAACUAAAAAGAACUGGAAGACCUGAAGUAGUUGUUGGAUGGUACCAUUCCCAUCCAGGAUUUGGCUGUUGGUUUUCCGGAACGGACGUAAAUACACAACAAAGUUUUGAGCAGCUAAAUCCACGUGCUGUUGGUGUUGUUAUAGAUCCCAUUCAAUCAGUAAAAGGAAAAGUCGUUAUUGACUGCUUUAGGUUGAUAAGCCCACAUAUUAUCAUGCUAGGUCAAGAACCUCGCCAGACCACAAGCAACAUUGGCCAUCUCCAGAAACCCACAAUAAUAGCACUGGUUCAUGGAUUGAAUCGUAACUAUUAUAGUAUCGUAAUAAACUAUAGAAAGACACCAUUGGAAAAUCAGAUGCUUCUUAAUUUCAAUAAGAACAAAUGGACGAAGGAUUUGCACAUCCAGGAUUUCAAAGAAAGAAGAAAAGAGAACAAUCAACUAGUUAGGGAAAUUAGGGAUCUCUGUGAGAAAUACAAUUCAUCAAUUAAACAGGAAAUGACUUCUACGCCUGAGGAAAUACUAGUUGCUAAUGUAGGAAAAUUAGAUGCAAAAAAGCAUAUAGAGAACGCAGUCACAACACUAUUGUCUAACAAUUCAUUAAGUGCGUUCAACACAAUGCUUGCCACGGAAAUGGUAUAA